AUGCAGAUAGUGUUAAGAUACCUGCUUUUUAUGGUGUAUGGAAGCUUUUGUGCUUCAGAGGAGUUGCGGAACCAGACCAACGUUCCUGCAAUAUUAUUCUCCUACAAGCUAACUCCUGGUAUUUUGAGGUAUCAAGAAGAUUAUGAUAUGGCACUAACUCUGCCAAGAAGCACCUUCAUUAAAGCCGCAGAAAAUUUUUUAGGUACAUGCAAUGCCAACACAUAUGUGUUAAUUAAUCAACCGGGACUGAGAAAACUGGACUUCUUGGAAUUUGAAACAGAGUUUAUUUCGCUACAGAGGUAUAUAAAACAAAGUUCGACAGCAAUUAAGUUCGAAAAAGUGGAUCUACUGCCCCAAGAACUAUAUGAUGACCUUUCAGAGUUUGUGAAAGAGUAUUGUGAUACAGCCAAAGUAUUGAGAUUGCGAGGUAAUCAUACAGAAGAUUUUCAGCCUUUCAUUGAUAAUGAGAAAAGAGUAAUCAUAAUUGAGUACCCAAGGUUACCAGAAAACACAAGUGAACGUAGAGAGGCGUUUCGCCAUUAUGACAGGUACUUGAGGACCAUAUUAGCGCAGAUUCCGUCACCAGAACAAAAAAUCAUCUAUACCUCAUUGAACCCUGGUACUACAUUGGUUCAUGAGUCGAUUAUACCUAUCGAAAUAUUCCCAAGCAUUUUUGACAUUAAAUCUAGAAUGGGGGAAGUGGAAAAGAAUAACAGAGUGUUGGAUGUGCCUCGUCUACCAUUCAAUGACUAUACUCCGCGGUUCUCAGAACCACCUUCGGAAUAUGUUUCAGUCUUUGACUCACACUUGAUUGAAGAUAACAGGGUCUUAUUACAGCUGAUUUUCACGAUCUUAGUUGGAUUCGUUCUGCUUCACCUCUUUUUUACAGGUAAAAGGAAUAUUGUUGAUAGGAAGGCCAAAAAUCAAAACCACAACAUAAGGCAGAAAUCACAACCGCAAAAACGACAAGAGGCUCAGAAAACGCCUUCUAAAUAA